AUGAAGAAAAAAAAAGAAGGAGAUUACUCAAUUCGUACCACCAAAUACAACCAUUUCAGUAAAAAAAAAGAAAGUAGAAAUAAGAAAAUACAGGAAAAAAAAAAUUUAUGGUUAGCUACGACUUUUUCGAACUCGGAUACAUACAUAUCAAAUGACAUUCCAGGAAGUAAGAGAAGCGUUAAAUCAAAUAAGGAGAUAAAUCAGAAGAGUGAAAAUAGCAAUAAUAUAACAAUAAUGGAAGGAGGAAACAUAAUGAUCCCGAUUAUGAAACCGGAAGUAGUCAAUUAUUGCUUCGGUAACAUAUUACAUAACAAGGAAUACCUAAUGAAAAUUUUCUUCCUAUCAUUUUUCUGCAUUUCCAUUGAAUCCAACCAAAAUAUAAUGUUGGAAUUGACAAGAGUAAAACUGAAAGUUUAA